AAUGACACUAGGUUUUUGUAUAGCUGUGCAUCACUGUGGUAUGUCUUCGGAGGAGGAACCGAGCUAACCGUCACAGGUCAGCCCACUGUAUCUCCUUCGGUGCAAGUCUUUGCUCCUUCCCCGGAAGAGAUCAGAAGCCCGAACCCACAUACCGUGGUCUGUCUCGUGAGCGGCUUUUACCCACGUGGUCUCGAAGUGCAAUGGAAAUGUGAUGGUAAAGUGAAAACAUCUGGAGUGGAGACAACUAAGGCCGCCAAGCAAGGGGACAAAUACCUUGCCAGCAGUUACCUGAAAUUGAAUGCAUCUGACUAUGAAAACUAUGACACUUUUACCUGUCAAGUGAGGCAUGAAGGCAAGACCAUUGUGAAGAGUGUGUCAAAAUCUGGAAGUUGUAUAUCAGCCAGCUCCAAUAUUAAGAAGGAGAGAGCUGAAUCCGUUGUCAUUGAAGAAAGGGGGAGGUUUUUGUAUGGCCGUAUGUCACUGUGGUUCCUCUUCGGAGGUGGAACCCAAUUAACCGUCACAGGUCAACCCACAGUAUCACCUACUUUGAAUGUCUAUAUUCCAUCUGAGAAAGAGAUCACAAACCCACGUACGCCCGUCCUGGUGUGUCUUAUAAGCAACUUUUACCCACCUGGCUUUACCCUGAAAUGGAAGGGUGACAAUAAUCAAGAAAUCGCAUCUGGAGUGGAGACCACCAAAGCCAGUAAGCAAGGUGACAAAUACGUUGCCAGCAGUUACCUGACAAUGAGUCCAUCGGAUUAUGAAAGUCAUGACUCUUACACCUGUGAAGUGAGGCAUGGAGAAAACACCCAUGUGAAGACUGUGUUAAGAUCCGGAAGUUGUUAACUCCAUCAUGAAUUCCUCUGACCCUACUCCAGGGUUCUCUCUCUUCCCCCCCCUUUCCUAAUUCUAGUUUGAUCAAUAACAUCUAUUUCUGCAUCAUCUAGUUACAGUCUGUAGCCUCCCAAUGCCUUGAAACCCCUUGAAAUCUAUCCACCUCCUGUUGUCCUCUUCGUUUCUACCUUUAGAAGAUCAAUAAAGAUGUGUACAUUUCAUUCUC